AUGGAUCCCUCCGUUUACUCCACUUCCUUUCCUCCCCUACCCAACUCUUCUUCACCACUUCCUAACCCAGGUACAUCGUGCCCUCUUCCUUGGGACAGAGUCUUCUCGGAUCCUCCGGUAGCCAGUGAGUUCAAUAUUUCGGCUCUUCCAACCCCUGAAGAAAUCAUUGAUUUCCCUACUGAAGAUAUAGCUGAAGCUGUUGAGGAAUACAACCUUGCUUUGGUCGGCUACUCUCUCGGUAAAAGGCCAUAUUAUGAAGCUUUGCUCAAAGCUGUUACAAAUCUUUGGAAGCUCAAAGGUACUAUCAAACUGAUUUCACUAAGUGAAGGUUUUUUCCUCUUUGAAUUCUCUUGUGCUGAGGAUUAUGAAAUGGUAUGGACAAAAGGUGCUUGGUUUAUCUUUGGUAGACCAUUCAUUUUCAAAAAAUGGUCUUCUCACUUCAGCCCUGAAAGAAUUGAGUACACCAAUAUCCCUAUUUGGUUCAAAAUCCACGAUUUACCGCUCUGCUGCUGGACCCCGAUAGGUAUUUCCAAGAUCGCCACCAAAGUUGGUAUCCCUCUCGCUGUCGAUGCUCUCACAGCUUCUAAAUCAAGACUCACAUACGCUAGAGUGUGUGUCCAGAUCGACUCUUCUGCUACUUAUCCUGCUUUCAUUCCUAUUAUAGUGGAAGGUAAACUCUUCAACCUAAAAAUUCAGUAUGAAUGGCGCCCCUCUGUUUGCGAUCUGUGCAAAUCUUUCAACCAUUUAACCGAUGCUUGCCCUUCAAAUCCAAAUCCCAAACCUCCUCUCCCUCCUGUUAGCCCCCGAGGAAGAAGUACCAGUCGACGCCCAAGACCACCUUCCAAAAAUCCCAAGGGUAUCCUUCCUACUCCCAGGUCCUCUACGGAGCCUCGCCCUGAAAUACCCGAUAAUCAAGACGCCACCACUUUGAUUCAUCCCAACUAUCACGAAAUCUCUGCCCCCACAGAACCAGAAUUCAACUCCCUUAACAAUGAUACCACCAAACUCACGGAGAAGGCCCAGGAAGCUGACACUGAUAUCAUUAUGGAUGUCUCUUGUAUACAAACAGACUCGGUGAUAAUUCCUAACCUAAAUUCUCCUACUCAACAAACCUCUUCUUCCUCUGAUCUCCCCGCUCCCCUUAUCAAUCAAGCUCCUCUGAACACGUCUUCACCCAAUAAAUUUUCCUUACUGCAAAAUCUCUCGGACUCUGAUUCUACUUACAUUAUAGAGCCAGACAAUGCUUCUACUGCUUCUCAAUUGCAAAACGAACAGGGAAAAUUCUCUCCUCCCUCUAGUUCUAAACCCAACUCCUCAAAACCUAAUAAUGCCUCUCAUUCUCAACCCCUUAGAAACACAAGGGGGAAGGGUGCCAAGAAAGGUUCUAAGUCUAAAUAG